AUGGAAUUUAUAUUCAAGAAGGAGCGCCGCACCUUCGGUGCCCGCGUCAACUUCGAGGACAAGGAUGAAGUGGUCUUUAGCGAAAACUCUAAUCCCGAGUUGGUGAAGAACUACAUUCUGCAGAACCCCGUGGAUAGAGUGACGCAAUAUGCCGGACAGACCUCGCUGAGCGUGGCCAAUACAGAGCGAGCCACAUACAAAAGCACGGGGAUUACCCACAAUGAAGGCGGGUGGCCCAAGGACAUCAAUAUGCACGAUCCAGAACAGACGGUUCGAUAUAAGCGAAAGAUCGAAAAGGACGAGAAUUACAUCACCCAAGUCAUGAACUUGACUAAACCCAUGGAGCACUAUAUUCAUCAGAACAAUGCCGUCAACAUAUACGAGAACUACUUCGAGAACCUGGACCCUGCUCCGCUGCCGGAACCCUGCAAGUCGCGCACUGUUAACGUGUACCGAGAUCCGAAUCCCAUCAAGGUGCCGGUGAAGCACCUUUCGUGGUCCCCAGAUGGCGGUAUCAAGAUGGCCGUCAGCCACUGUGACAUGCGGUUCCAGGGCGACAAGUCUGGCCAGAAGUGCAACUCGUAUAUCUGGGAGGUGGAGAACCCAAAUGAGCCCUUCCUCACCCUGGAGCCGAAGGUUCCGUGCGUGUGCCUGGAGUAUAAUCAGAAGGACCCGACCAGUUUGGUGAGCGGCAUGUACAAUGGCCAGGUGGCAGCUUGGGACACACGGCAUGGCAAGCAUCCGGUAAUGAUCAGCGAAAGGGAGGUAUGCCAUCGGGAUCCAGUGAACUCGGUGCUGUGGAACAACUCCAAGAGUGGCACAGAGUUCUUCUCCGGAGGAUCUGAUGGUCAGGUGCUGUGGUGGGAUACUCGUAAACUCACCGAACCGCUGGACCGGCUGCUUAUGGAUCCUGUGAAGAGUGAUGACCAGGACUUGUCGCGAUCCUAUGGCAUAUCGGUGCUGGAGUACGAGACCACUAUCCCCACAAGGUUCAUGGCGGGCACCGAGAUGGGAAUGCUCUUCUCCUGCAACCGGAAGGGCAAGACGCCAACAGAGAAGAUCCAGAUACGAAUGAUGUGCCACCUGGGACCGGUUUACGCCAUCACCAGGAAUCCGGCCUUUGUAAAGAACUUCCUCACUGUGGGCGACUGGUGCGCACGCAUCUGGUCGGAGGACUGCCGCGAGAGCUCCAUUAUCUGGACCAAGAGCAGUAGCUCCAUGCUGACUGACGGCGCCUGGAGUUAUACCAAGGUAUCGCAGUUCUUUAUUACUAGGAUGGAUGGAGUGCUGGACACUUGGGAUCUCCUGCAGCAACAGAAUGAACCCGUGCUCACCGUUAAGGUGUGCGACGAGCCCUUGUAUUGCGUCCGGACCAAUGAAAACGGCAAGUUCGUAAGCUGCGGUAGUCAACUGGGUGCCACUUUCCUCAUUGAGGUCUCCGACAACAUGGUCAUCUCCGCCAAGAACGAUAAGCCACUCUUAACUGCCAUGUUUGAGCGAGAGAACCGGCGGGAGAAGAUCCUGGAGGCCAAGUCGCGAGAAAGCAAGCUCAAGGUUAAAGCCAAUCUUGGUCAGGAUACGGCGGACAUAACCAUGGUCAACGGAAAGGUCAAUAUGGCUCCGUUUGUCGGUGCUUGCGAGCAGGCCGCCGCCGAGUAUUUUGCGGCUGUGGAACAGGAACGCCAAAGACGACUGCCCGGCGGAAAGCGUAGAGGAUGCGGAGGAGGCUGAAGUGUCCGAGGCUGAGAGCUCAAAGCUGUAGGCAUUCAAUUAAAUUGUUG